AUGACUCGAUUGAGCCGCCUGCAAUUUCUGGGUGUCGCAGUGGUAUUCCACCUAGAGUACAUCUGCUCGAUUUUUGAUACCUAUUUUGUCAGUCCUGUUGUCAAUGGCAUGAAUGCGUACCGCGUCGAAACUCCAGAGCCUCCAGCUAAACGAGUUGUCCUUUUCGUCGCCGAUGGCCUCCGCGCAGACAAGGCCUUUCAAAAGUUCCCUGAUCCGUCGCCCAACGCAUCCAGUGACUCCCCUGCUGCACAAGUACCACGCCAUUUAGUUCCUUUUCUUCGAUCCCGGGUCCUCAACCAUGGCACUUUUGGGGUAUCUCAUACUCGUGUGCCUACAGAAUCCCGCCCAGGCCAUGUUGCUCUCUUGGCAGGCCUUUAUGAAGACGUCUCAUCCGUCACAACUGGCUGGAAGCUGAAUCCAGUUAUGUUUGACAGCGUGUUGAAUCGGAGCCGCCAUACGUGGAGCUGGGGCAGUCCUGAUAUCCUCCCCAUGUUUGCCGAAGGAGCUGUACCAGGUCGAGUGAAUACUUAUAUGUAUAGUGCAGAAGCCGAGGAUUAUAGCAAGGAUGCUACGGAGUUGGACACCUGGGUCUUCGACCGGGUGAAACUUUUGUUCAACAGCGCAGAGAAUGAUGGAGAGUUGGAGCGAGAGCUCAGACAAGAUCAAAACGUCUUCUUCCUACACUUGCUUGGCCUGGAUACCUCUGGCCACUCCUACCGGCCAUACUCUCGGGAGUAUCUGCACAAUAUCCAAGUCGUGGAUGAGGGAGUUCGUGAAAUAGCCGGGCUCAUGGAAACAUUCUUCGGAGAUGACAAGACUGCGUUUGUCUUCACAGAAGAUCACGGUAUGAGUGAUUGGGGUAGCCAUGGAGACGGGCAUCCAGAUAACACAAGGACACCACUCAUUGCAUGGGGCUCCGGAAUUGUCUCCCCCAGAAAGUCGACCACGGGCAACGCUGGUGGGCACGAUUACUUCUCUGCCGACUGGGACCUGAAUCAUAUCCAAAGGAAUGACGUUGCGCAAGCAGACAUUGCUGUCCUGAUGGCAUACCUCGCAGGCAUCGAUUUCCCGGUCAAUUCGGUUGGUAGGCUUCCCUUGGCCUAUAUCAAUACAGACGACUCUAUCAAAGCAGAGGCAAUGCUCGUCAAUUCCCAGGAGAUAUUGGAAAUAUAUCGAGUUAAAGAAAACCAAAAGAAGACCACCAAAGUAUGGUUCAGGCCGUUUAACGGGCUCCCCUACGACCAUUCAACCCACCAGAUGCUUGGGCAUAUCCGGAAAACCAUCGAUAGAGGUGAAUUAAAGCAGGCAAUCAGGGAUUCUCUUAUAACUGCCGGCUAUUUGGGAUGGAUUGCGUUCUCACUCACCGCAGCACUCGAUCAGUAUGUUCUGAACGGGAAAACAGAAGCUCGCCGCUCGGUUGCAAGCAAGUUUGUCUUAGGUUCAGUCCUUGCUGCGCUUUUCGCAGCGCUUUAUAUGCAAAAUUCCCCUUACCAGCAUUAUGCGUACUCCAUAUUCCCAGUUCUAUUUUGGGAGGAGGUCCUGGCACGCCGGGAGACAUGGAUUAGUAUCACCAAAGUCACUUUGAAACAGGUAUCGGCCAAUGAGCUGGUAGAAAGGGGCCUUAGUGUGAUGGCAUUUGGCGUACUGCUGGAGGUAAUUGUCCAAAGUUACUUUUAUCGGAAAUUUUAUACGCUCGCUUACGUACUUGCUAUAUACUGGCCUGUGCUAUAUGGCUUUGAAUUCUUUCGAGCAAACUGGAUCAUAUGCUUGAGAUGGGCACUGCUAUGCGCUGCGAUGAGCAUAUUCACGUUUCUCCCUGCAAUGAAAACGGAAGAUAUCAAUUUGAUCACAAUUGGAGAACUUAUUAUGUUUGUGUUAGGGGCUUGUUAUAGUGCAUUUGAGACGACGAUCGUCGAUGCACCGGCGCCUAAUCGGAUCUCAAGGACUAUAUUGACAUUUCAGAUUGGAUUACUGCCCUUGGCCAUACUUGUUACGCGCUCCGCAGUGACAUCGUUGCAAUCCAAAACAGGGCUUCCGUUCGGGACGCAGAUGGCCGGAUGGGCAAUACUUGUGACCUCCUUCAUCUUGCCGUUGUUGCACUGUCUUCAGCCAGGAGACAGUAACUACUCUCGUCGUUUGGCAAUUGUGUUUUUCGCCUUUGCCCCGAUGUUCAUUAUACUCACCAUCUCAUACGAAGGGCUCUUCUACGUCUUCAUCAGUUGUACGCUGUUUACAUGGGUGCAAAUUGAGUAUCGAAUCCACCGAUUUCACUCUGAUAUUACUCCCGAGAAGAAAAUAGCCCAUGAUGGCGAUAAGAACAGAUCUCUCACAUUCUCCGAUGCAAGAAUUGCUCUAUUCUUCCUUUUUCUACUACACUCCGCCUUUUUCAAUACCGGAAACAUUGCCUCCAUCUCAUCGUUUUCCCUCGAUGCCGUGCUCCGCUUGAUCCCCGUAUUUGAUCCAUUCAGCCAAUCAGCAUUACUGAUCUUGAAAAUCCUUGCGCCUUUUGCCCUCGUGUCAGCCAAUUUGGGAAUUCUGACCAAGAAGCUACGUCUCCGCGCUGGGGCUCUCUUCACGCUUGUCAUGGGCAUGAGCGACUAUUUGACGCUUCGCUUCUUUUGGGCUGUCAAAGAUGAAGGCUCCUGGCUCGAGAUUGGAGAGUAUCACAGUUGCUCAGGGCAUGUUGGUAGUCAUCGACUCUUUUUUUGUCCCAUCUUCUCAUACUUGUACCCAUAA